UCUUCAAGGCCUAACAAAAAAAAAGCCAAAGUAAAAGACAACCACAGUUCAUGGCCAGUGGCCGUUGGCAGAGAAAACGGCCCGUAGUUGGGAUGCGAACCACUUGAGGCGGCAAGGCGACCAACUUGGCAGAACCAACAAAACGCACAACGGCGGACCACAGCACCAAAAAAAAAAUGGAUAUGUAAGCAACACUGCCAGCUACCCUUGAGGAAAUCAAGCGGUGGAAAAUGCACAUGGGAUUAAUUCUUGAUAAUUACGCAGUAUUGUACUAUUGUAUGGUUGGUAUUAUUUUGAUUUUAUUAUUUUAUUAUAGUCAUUGUUUUUGGAGCCAAUGCUUUUCCCACGCCUGUUGCCGUCUCUCUAGUAGUGCUGCCUCCAUGCAACUUCGCCCAUCUGCGUGCAAUUCGGUCGAUAAUAUGCCCUUGCAUACCAAAAAAGCCACCCGCCAAUUAGUCCUCCAAUGCCCCAAUUGUUUCAACUGCCACGUUUUUCUGGCCUUGCUCAUUCCAAAGCUUCGAGAGCUUCCCAAAUAGGCAAAUAGCUCGCCAGAGAGGUCUCGACCAAAGCUUUGUUCCCUCGUCCACGUCUUGCCCCUGACAAUCCGUCUUCAGCCAUGGCCAUGAUGCUGCUAUUUUGAGCGCGUCUAUGGGCCACGUUUGAACCGGGGCUUGUUCCAACAAGCAUCUCCGCGAUGUCACUGACCUUGACCCCUUGUCCACUUUCGCAAAAUGCCACGGGGUGUGUGGUCUUUUGACUCACCAACUGCUGCAGUUCGCGAAUGGAUCCCUUGAUGAGUGGGCAAAUGUUCAGGCACGCUUGCUGCCACCCCCCCUUGGAUGGUAAGCUGGCCCGCUUCUCAUCUCGUCAACCGAAAAAUAACCAUCUCCGUCGUCGGCUAUCGCUUCAGCUGAAUCCCAGCCCAGCCGUGUGCGCGAACCCAGCCUAGGACCAGUUUCACAGCGUGGCGUAUCUUCAAACACAGUGAUCGGGGGGGCGAAGGACCUACCACCCACCCGGGCCGCAUAUCUGAGAUUACACGAGGGACGCUUUUUCCGCGGUGAUGGGAAUUCGAUGGCGUCUUGUUUGGCACACCCAACCACCACCCGCCGCUAGGUGAAGCUAAUGCACUGCGCAGCCUGCGAUAUUUUGCCCGGCUACUAUGGCGCUGGCAUAGUGGGCGUGUACUUAGCACCCGGUGCAGAUUGCUUUGAAUUCCCCCCAAAAUGGCCACGAUUUAGGAGAGAAUGAAAUUUAUGGCCUAUCUGGUCCGAAAACCUUACCAAUCGCCCAAUAGGGUAGACCAAGUUCGUCCUUGUAAUGCCUUGCCUUGCCUAGCCCGUGCUUGCUGUGCCCAACCAAGUACCUGGGCUGGGCUCGCUGUCGUCGCGCUGGUCGCCUGGCCACCACAGGCGCGUUUCCCAAAAAGGAAAUAUGUUGUUCCUGCAAACCUCCAUCUGCACGAGAUCUUGUCGACGUCACUGUUUAAACCAUAAUUCUGAAUUUCAAAAACCGCAAAAAAGGGUUCCAAUAGACGACUAUCAGCCUUAAAACUUAAUUCUCACCUUAAUCACAUUGCAUCUGCCCCGCCGCUAUCCAACUGGCUGGCACGCAGCGCCUAAAACAAAAUGAGAGUCGCUCUCGGGACGACAUUGGCGGCCUUCAUUCCUCCCAUCUUCGCCGGCCAAGAAGCUACAGCAAUUCGCAAAGUCGCCCCAGAUUCAAAUGAAAAGAUCUUAGCCCACCACUUGGCCUUUGCGCCGCUCCAGGCUUUCACGCCUGGCGAUGCGGCCGCUGCCGCGCAUGCCUUUCUGAACGCCCAGAGUGCCGAAGAUGUGCAGAGCCCGACAACAAGAUACCGGCCCGCCUUUGCCCUCCAUCAUGACGACUCCGAAAGCAACAUAUUACAAAGAGCCGCAGUCGCCCUUUCUAUGCUCCAGCGCAGGUCUUCCUGUCCAGCAGGCAUGUCGGGAUGCGAUGCCAUUGGCGCCCCAAACAAGUGCUGCCAGCAAGGCACUCACUGCGUAUCGGUGCAAGAUAGUACCGUUGGCGGCGUUGCUUGUUGUCCCAGCGGCUCAGACUGUCGCGGUAAUGUGGGAAAAUGCCCUCCAGACGCAGUGAGCUGUCCUGCACAAUUAGGUGGCGGAUGCUGCAUCCCCGGCUACAUCUGCCAGGGCGAGGGAUGUGUUCCAAGUGCUUCAGCCAAGCCAACGACCGAGACAAGAACAGUUAUCCAAAGCACAACCAACCCAACCGAACACGAAACAAUAACCAGAACAACCAUUGUCGCAGGAAGCCCAACCACCGUCAUCGUCACGCAAGUCGUCACUCGCACAGAGUCGUCCAAGCCCGAAACCAAGACCACCACGCAAUACGUCACUGAAAAGGGCACCACUACCGACGGUGGCGGCGUAGCACCUUGGCGUCCCAUCAGCGGCUCGACAACCGAAACUUCAGAGCCCCAACAGCCGACGCAGAGCGGCUGCCCGACAGGAUUUUACGGAUGUCUGGCCACGCACGGCGGCGGCUGCUGUCGAACAGACCGAAACUGCCAUACGUCGUCGUGCCCGCCGCAGGCCUCCAAGACAAUCACGUCCAACGGCGUCACACUCGUCGUGCCGGAGACCGACGUCCCCGCGAAUCCUACUGCUACUUGCGCCGGCGGCUGGUUUCUCUGUGGGCCAGAUGCCGGACCUGUGGCAGGAUGCUGCCCGAGCGGCUACGAGUGCGGAACAGCAAGCUGCUUCACGCGCGGGCCGACGCAGACGGGGGUGGUGCAGAAGCAUUUGCCGGGCAGUGGUGUCGGUGGAAGAAUCGUGAUGCCGUGUAAGCUGGCCAUCCUCGGCUUGGUGAUGGCCAUGGUUUUAUGAAUGUCAAGAUAAUCAACGGAUGUACGAAAGAAUGUAAAAAGGAAAUACCACGAGAGAGAUAAAUGUCUUUUUUAUGUACAUGUAUGUAUAGACGGAAAUAUGUAAUCAAUCUAUUUUAUGCCUUUUCGGUGCUGGACAGUAGUUCAAAUCUGGCAACGCGGCC